GUCCGGCCAACGUACAUGUCACACCUUGGUCACAGCACGUGAGGUUUGCUGAAAGCGCGCAAGGUCUACCUUACUAAUAUAUAUAUUGUCAAUUUGUUACAUAUUUAAGCUCAGUUUUAGCCAUCAUCGCGGUAUCGGCCCGGGUGGACUUCAGAAGUUCAACUGUUCCAGUCGUCAGAGUGUUAUCGGUACGAGAGCCAUGCUGUGCGUGUAUGUGUUACUAUGCUCAUUGCACACGAACUGGGAUCAGAGCAGGUAAAUCGUGCAAGACGGUCCAUGAUCAAAAUCCUCAGACAUAUUUAAACUUGACCCUUGUAAUCCCCAUGUAUAAUAUCUUGUGGGUGCCUGUGCCAGCAGGGGUGCAUCGAUUUAUCGUUCUGUGGGAAGGUAUCCUCAUGCGGCGGCCGACCUUCUAAUCCACGCACCUGGACAUCCCCGCUGAGUGUCAGUACUUAUAUCUCCUGGCAUGUCCCUUAUGCGCCUUACUCACCAGGUUCAUGAUGACGCCCACCCUUUUUACGCCCAUCCAAGUGGGUAGCAUGAGAAUAAGCCACCGUAUCGUACUCGCCCCCCUCACCCGUCUUCGCGCCUACCCCACCCACGUCCCCGGGCCCCAUACAGCCACCUACUACGCACAACGUGCAUCCGUCCCGGGAACACUCCUCAUCUCCGAAGCAACCUCCAUCUCCCAAGCUGCUGGUGGGAGGGAGUUUGUCCCAGGGAUCUAUACCCAGGAACAGGGUAGUUUUAUAUUUUGCCAACUGAGGGCAUUUGGGAGAGCUGCAGUCCCGGAUGUCCUUGCCAAGGAGAAUAACUCCCCGCUUGUAUCUGCUUCUCCUAUCCCACUUUCCACCCGCCCUACUGCAGUCCCGCGCGCACUCACAGAAUCAGAGAUAAAUUCAUACAUUACCAGCUUCGCUACUGGUGCCAGGAACGCCAUCGCGGCAGGCUUCGAUGGCGUCGAAAUCCAUGGUGCAAACGGAUACAUUAUCGAUCAGUUCUUGCAAGAGGUGAGCAAUAUACGGGAGGAUGGAUGGGGUGGGAGUAUCGAGAAGCGAGCAAGACUUGCGAUAGAGAUUGUAGAUGCGCUUGUAAAAGAAGUCGGUGCUGAGAGGGUCAGCAUUAGAUUGAGUCCGUGGAGUCCAUUUCAAGACAUGGGCCUCCCCGAUCCAAAACCACAAUUCUCCUACCUCGUAAACCAGCUCAGGAAGUACGACCUCACUUACCUCCACGUCACCGAGCCACGUGUCGGCGGAAACAUUGAUGUGGAUGCACCACUGCAGAAUAGCAACAAUUUCCUGCGUGAGAUAUGGUGCAAGGAGGGCAAGAAUAGCGUGUUUAUCAGUGCGGGUGGGCAUACACGACAGACCGCGAUCGAGAUAACACAGAAGCACGGGGGAAUGAUAGCAUUUGGCAGGUUGUAUAUUCCAAAUCCUGACCUCCCUGCCCGACUUAUAUACGACCUGCCGCUUGCUAAGCCCGACCGUGCAACAUUCUACCUCGCUGGCGAUCUUACUGAGAAAGGAUACACUGAUUUUCCAGCGGCAAAUGUACCAACAGAGCGGAAGCUGUGAAGGCUAAGAUGGCGAAGGUGAGCGUCUCUGAAUCGCCAAGAUCUACUGUCACUCUGCCACUGGGUGAUUCACGCGGGGGCGUGGAAUGCAAACAAAUCGAAUUGCGGAGGUCCCCAAACUGUGGUGCGAAGUUCGAAUGUACGAAGACUAUGAUUACAGAGCGAAAACUACAGCAUCCAUGAUCGAAAGAAAAAUACAGAUCCUGUGUGGAGUAAAACUGAUUAUACAGGAAAGUCGUGCCAGCGACCAGCGAGAGUGUGACGGUUAAAGAUGUGCGUGGAUGGGGUACAUAGACUUGAUGGUGGGAGUGCGUGAAACUUGAGGAAAUGAUGAUUAAACAC